AUGGAUGUGCUUGACCAGACGCUUGAUUCCAAACCAUUCUCUCAGCUUCGCGACUCAUCCGGAGAUAGUGCGUUUCAUUUCAUGGAUGUGUCUGGGGCUCUUGACUUGUCCAACAAAACCGCAUCGAUGGAAAACGAAAAUAGUCUGAAACAGGAAGCAGGUGAUGAGCAGAGGGCAGAAGAAGAGUUGAAUGGGCAAACCUGGACAGGUAUUUCGAAAGUCGAGGUAUCCAGUCCGUUGGGAUCCACCCCAAAACCCUACUCACUGAAUGAUGCACCCGUCAAGGACCUGGGAUCAUGGAAAUGCUUCCCACUUGUUCCGACUCCUGAACAACUUCAAGCACAGCUGAGCGGGCGACCAGCGACAGAUUACCAAGUGACUCUGAACUAUGUAAAUCAAUUAUUUUCCCGACUGAUGAAACAACACGCCGGUCAGACUGAUUUCUGCUCUACAUUGGCGACUGGAAACAUGGGUGUUGAUGACCCUGCACCGACGAAUAGCCCCAUGCCGUUGUUUCCCUUCCUCACCACUGAUAGCCAACAAAGCCAGAAAUCCGACUCACCUUUUCCGUGGAGUCAUUCGUUUCUUCAUCAGGCCACAUCGAACGAAAUCAUGAACACUCAUCCUUUGUUUUACGACUACCAACCUGCGCAAGAGUCCAUUCAGUCGAAACCGACCAGUGAAAGUGGGUACCAUUCAUCCGUCCACCAUAGCAGCAGUUCACCGUCAGAUCCUGUCGCUUCACCCAACGUCUGUACGACCGAAAAGCAUCGCCAGUAUCGCAAGGCUCGGGCUUACUUUCAACCAAAACACAUGCAGUGUUUGGAAGACUUUUUCCGCCGGAGUCCGUACUUGUCUACUAAAGAUAGAGAAAUGCUAUCACAGAAGCUUCAGCUUUCAGAAGACCGAGCGGACGGGGAAGGGACUUAG